CCGACCAUAAAGACAGGCAGCAGCCGGGGUUGCCAGCGCCGUCUCUCCGGAAACUAUUGGACUACAACUCCCAGGACCCUUAGCCACAAUAAAUUGCAUCUCUGGCUACUUGACAAAUAAAUGCACUUGAAAAAACGUCGAAGACAACGAAGCGUCGGAAAGGAACCCGGAGGAGGGAGCAUGCAGUGAGAGUCUAGGCGCCCGUCCCGGCGCCGCGGCCGACGCUCUCUCUAGAAAAGCGCCACCCGCCUCGCCGCGCGGCCUUGUUGCGUCAUCGGCGUGCGACGCCGCCUUCCCUGUGUCUCUCUCCCGGCGCUGCAAUGGCGCUGGCAGCGUUCGGGGCCUGGGUGGCUAACCGGCUUCCUCUCCCCCCGCGUCGGCGGGCGCUGGCUUGGCAGCGCCGGCUCCUGUGCUCGGGCUCCGGGCUGGAGGUGGUGCGGCUGCCCCGCGCCUGGCAGCGGCGGCUGGAGGAGCCGCGCCGCAGACCCUUGGCCCCGACCACCCACCUGGCCCGCGGCGGGAGGCUGAUGCUGCGGAGCCGGCGGCCGGAGCUGAACCAGGCCGCGCGGCAGACGGUGGGGCGCUGGGAGCUGCCGCGCCUGGUGUCCACCGGCUGGAAGAACCGCCAGUCCCGCGGGGACUACUUCCUGCUGGAGCGGAGGCGGCAGGAGCCGCCCCAGGAGCGGGAGCUCCCCGACGCCUCCUCUCCCUCCUCCUUCGCGCAGCUGGGCGUGGAGCCGCAGCUGGCCUCGGCCCUCCAGGAGGCCCUGGGCAUCUCCCAGCCCACCCCCGUGCAGAAGCGCACCAUCCCCACCCUGCUGGCCGGGUCGAGCGCCCUCUGCGCCGCCGAGACCGGCAGCGGCAAGACCCUGGCCUACCUGCUGCCCCUGCUCCAGGGGCUCCGACAUGGCCAGGGCUGCCCCCUUGGGCAGACUGGCCGGGCCUCCCCGCGCUCUCUGGUGGUGGUGCCUUCCCGCGAGCUGGCCGGGCAGGUGCGGAGCGUGGCCGCCCGCCUGGCCGCCCUCCUGGGCUUGCAGGUGAGAGAGGUGGGCGGAGGCCGGGGCAUCGGCAGCGUGAAGAGGCAGUGCCAGGCCGGGCCGCCCGACCUCCUGGUGGCCACGCCGGGGGUGCUGUGCAAGGCCUUGAGGAGGCGGAUGCUGACCUUGGAGAAGCUGCUCUGCUUGGUGCUGGAUGAGGUCGACACCUUGCUGGACCCCAGUUUCAUCGACCUGGUGGGAGACAUUCUCCAGCGUGCCCCGCUGGCAGCCAAGGCCGCCGAAGCAAAUGACACCCUGGGCCCCCGAAUGCAGCUGGUGGCCAUGGGAGCCACCCUCCCGAAGGGGCUGCGGGAGCUGCUGGGCAAGGUCACCGACCUGGGCGGCUUCAGCGUCCUGACCAGCCACAGCCUGCACCGCCUUCAGCCUCACGUGGAGCAGAAAUUUCUGCGCCUGAAAGGCAGCGACAAAGCCUCGGAGCUGCUGCAGCUCAUCAAAGACCGCGGUCCCUCCUCCGGCGCGCUGCUCGUGUUCUGCAACAGCGCUAGCACGGUCAACUGGCUGGGUUACAUUUUGGACGACCACCGCGUGAAGCACCUGCGCCUGCAGGGGCAGAUGCCUGCGGCCAUGAGGGCCGGCAUCUUUGACAGCUUCCAAAAGGGGCAGUGUGACAUCCUGGUUUGCACUGACAUCACCUCCCGAGGACUGGACACCACGCGGGUGGAGUUAGUGGUCAACUAUGACUUUCCGCCAACGUUGCACGACUACCUGCACCGGGUGGGGCGAGUUGGCCGCGUGGGGAGUAACUUUCCUGGGACCGUGAUCAGUUUUGUGACUCACCGGUGGGACGUUGACCUUGUCCAGAAAAUAGAAACGGCAGCUCGCAAACGGGCUCCACUCCCAGGCAUGGAGCCAGUUGCUAAGCAGCCUUUAUCAAAAGGAAAAAACCAAAAUAACUAGCAUCUAAAUAAUGCCUGGAAUAAUAUGAAUUUUCAUUUCUGGUGAUGUUUUCUACUUUCGAGUCAAGGACCUGAGCAAAAAGGUAGUACAGCCACAGUCUUGGGAGUCCAGCCUAAGAAUCUUGGGAUAAAUAGAAUUGCAAGCAUAUAAACAGUUGCCAUUGUGAAGCUGUCUGAUUUUCUGUAGAUUGGUAUCCCACCAUAUCCAUCCCAUAUAGGCCAUGGAGAAUGGUGCAUACUGCCUGACCAUCUGUUUUAGCCAAUAAAACUAGUAGUCCUGUUUGGA